AUUCCCACUCCCACUCGGAGUACAAAAUACAAACACCCUAACACCACACCACGCAUACUCAAACCAAAACGAGAGGACCAAACCAAACUUAAAAAUACACUCCGCUCAGCGUUCUGUUUAUUUGAAUUCACUCUCCACACUCCACACACACAACAUGGCCGUCGUUGGUGUUCUCGCUUUACAGGGUUCUUUCAACGAACACAUAGCAGCUCUCAAAAGGUUAGGUGUUAAAGGUGUUGAAAUUCGAAAACCUGAACAGCUUCUCACUGUUAAUUCCUUAAUCAUCCCCGGUGGUGAAAGCACCACUAUGGCUAAACUCGCCGAGGCUUUCAACCUGUUUCCAGCUUUGCGAGAGUUUGUGCAAAUGGGAAAGCCAGUUUGGGGAACCUGUGCAGGACUUAUUUUCCUGGCAAAUAAAGCUACAGGACAGAAGACUGGUGGACAAGAACUUGUUGGUGGACUUGAUUGUACUGUACACAGAAAUUUCUUUGGCAGCCAGAUUCAAAGCUUUGAGACAGAGCUUCUAGUACCAGAGCUUGUGUCCAAGGAAGGUGGUCCUGAAACAUUUCGUGGAGUUUUUAUUCGUGCCCCGGGAAUUCUUAAUGUAGGGCCAGGUGUUCAAGUCCUAGCUGAUUAUCCUGUACCUUCUGACAAAGUACUGAGUUCCGAUUCCUCUGUUGAAGGCAAAAAGGAGAAUGCUGAAGAAGGCAGCAAAGUCAUAGUUGCUGUGAGACAAGGGAACAUACUGGCGACUGCUUUUCAUCCGGAAUUGACUGCUGAUACUCGAUGGCAUAGUUAUUUCUUAAAGAUGGAAAGUUUGGUUGGAAAAGAGGCCUCAAGUAGCAUUGUUCCAGAACAAGUCACACAAGUCAGUACAAGUUUUAAGCAACCACCACUGCACGAUCUUCCUAUCUUUCAGUAGGAUCAGAAACUGUUAAAAAAUUAUGAAUGUUUUAUUUAUUUGUCAAACAAUUUUCUCUUGGAAACAAUACAUGAUAACCAUUAGAUCUUAGAAAAUAGUUUGAAAAUAUUCUUUUGAGAGAUAAACAAUGCAUAGACUGUGUUUUCUGUAGUUAUCUAUCUACAUAGUUGCAUUUCAUAUGUUUUUCCCCCAUUGAUUCUCGAUCGUAAUAGCGAUACCUGGGUCGUUUUGUUGGUUUAUACAGUAUACAAACUGCAAUGUUUAUUCAACAUUUGAAAUUUGAAUGAAAAUUUGUCUUCCUUUUA